GAGAUCAGCUGACUGUUAUGUGACUGUCACGUGAUCAGCUCAGAGGAGGCGGAGUCUCUUCACAUUGCGGCUGUUGUGUUAGUCGCCGCAGGUUCGCUGAAGCGGAGACGAUGCGGGUGAUCUUCUUGCUUUGCGUGUGUCUCGUCCAUGGAGAGCAUCUAGAGCUCGAUCAAGUUGUGUCUGUGCCAGAAGGCUGGCUCCACGAGGGCCGGGUCAGUCCCCUGGAGGAGGUGGAGCUCACAUUUGCACUCAAGCAGCAGAAUGUGGACAAGCUUCAGGAGCUGCUGGCGCUAGUAUCAGACCCAGAUUCACAGCACUAUGGGAAGUUCCUAACCUUGGAGGAAGUAGCUUCCCUGGUGCGGCCGUCUCAGCUGACCGAGAAAGUGGUGCAAACUUGGCUGCAGAGUCAUGGGGUCACACGCUGUCACACAGUCCUCACUCGAGACUUCCUCCAGUGUUCGAUGACUGUACAGGUGGCAGAGACGUUGCUUUCUGGUGCUGAAUUUCACCGUUACAGAAGGGAUGGUCAGACCAUCGUGAGAUCAUCAUCUCAGUAUUCCGUUCAUGAUGACGUGUCGCAACACCUGGAUUUUGUGGGUGGUGUGCUCCGUUUUCCACCUAGAGGAAAGGAAAUCAGUAAGGGCUGGACAGGAGCUAGACACUUAAAGAGUUUUCACUUGGGUGUAACCCCGGCAACCCUCAGGGCUCGAUACAACCUGACCGCAGCAGAUGUUGGCACAGCUGCUAACAACAGCCAGGCAGUGGCACAGUUUUUGGAGCAGUUCUACCACCCAGCAGACCUGGCGGAGUUCAUGAGUUUAUUUGCAAGAGAGUUCAAGCAUCUGACUGAAGUAGAGCGAGUGGUGGGGACUCAAGGAGGAGGGAAAGCUGGACUGGAAGCCAGUUUGGAUGUGGAGUAUAUCAUGAGUACCGGAGCCAACAUCUCCACCUGGGUCUUUACCAACCCAGGUCGUCACGAGUCACAGGAGCCGUUCCUACAGUGGAUGCUGCUGCUCAGCAACAUGUCAGCCGUGCCCUGGGUGCACACCAUCAGCUAUGGAGAUGAUGAGGACAGCCUGUCCACCUGCUACAUGAAUCGCAUCAACAACGAGUUCAUGAAGGCUGGUGUCCGAGGCAUCUCCAUGCUUUUUGCGUCCGGGGACAGUGGGGCUGGCUGUAGGCACUUGCCCAAAGAACAAAAUGUGUUCAGGCCAAGCUUUCCUGCUUCCAGUCCAUACGUGACCACAGUGGGUGGGACUUCCUUCAAGAACCCCUUCAAAGUCACCUAUGAGGUUACAGACUACAUCAGUGGUGGUGGCUUCAGUAAUGUAUUUGCAAUGCCAGAUUAUCAGGUUAGUGCUGUGAAGGCGUUUUUGAAAGGCAAGCAGUCGCUUCCUCCAGAGUCCUACUACAAUGCCAGCGGAAGAGCCUACCCUGACAUGGCAGCACUGUCGGACAAUUACUGGGUGGUCACCAACCUGGUGCCCAUCCCAUGGGUGUCUGGAACCUCAGCUUCCACUCCAGUGGUGGGGGGAAUUCUCUCGCUCAUCAAUGACCAGCGGUUCGUGAAAGGUCUUCCUUCCCUUGGCUUCCUCAAUCCUCGACUGUAUAAACUCCAAGGCACUGGGCUUUUUGAUGUAACAGAGGGGUGCCACCUGAGUUGUCUGGAUGACAAGGUUGAGGGUCAGGGGUUCUGUGCUGCUCCGGCAUGGGAUCCAGUGACUGGAUGGGGAACACCCAAUUACCCUGAUUUACUCACUGCUCUGGGAAAGGACUAAAGGGUAGUCUAGUUAGAACACAACCUAGAAUUUCUUACCACCGAUGUGCUUUUACCUUGAAAAUUUCAGACUACAGUCACAUUUGAGUACAAAGAUGCUUUAAGCUUUACAGCUAGACAAUAUGGGAAAUUAGUUUUAAUUGGGUUUCAUAUUAUUGACUACAUUUUAUUGCCAUUUUAUUAGUUAUUAAAUGCACCUUAAAAGGUGAAAUCUUGAUUGGUGGAAAAACCCAUGCAUACUUUAUGCCCAUCUUGUAGAUUUUUAAAGGUCUGUUUUUAAGUUACAGUUGGUAAUAAAAAGCCAAGACUUAUACAUUAUAAGCACUAGUGUUUAUAGAUCUGCUUUGAGGACAUUUGGUACACAUGUGGUUUUGUACCAGCUGCUUUACGGAUGGUUGAGCUUAAGAAUCAACUUCAUAUUGUUUCUCUUUUACAUAAAUAUAACAAUGGACAUGGGUUUGGAUGUUAUUAAAUCUCAGGCUGUUUGAUUAAUGUCAUGACUUCAGUUAACAAGAAUAUUGCACUAAACCAGUAAUGCACUGAAAUAUCAUAUUCUGAUCUUGAUUUCAUACCACAGCAUAUACCUAGUUAAAAUAACCUGAUGUUUCAUUAUAUGUAUGCCUUUAGUCAACAUGCUGUUAAAAAAAUGCACCAAAAAAGGAAUUGAAAUGCCUGCACAAGAAUGCAGUGCUGCCUAAUUACUGUGCAAUGACUUUUUUUUAAAUAAAUAAAGUAUUUGGAUCACUUCUCCACAGAGAUGGUAAAACUGAAACCGGUCAUUUGUAUACCUGGAGAACUACAAGCUAAAUGCAUUCAUGUUAAUUGAAAAUCAAGGCCAUUGUGUCCUUUUUUGCUUGUGGUUUAUGCCUGAAAAGGAUCAGAAUCAUGAUCUGUUGUUCGUGAUCUUGUGUUAUUUGACUGUUCUUAUGUAGGGAAAAGGCUGCUUUGAAGACGUUUACAUGCAGAUACAAGUGAAUUGGGUCAUUUUAUCUUUUCAUUUUGAAAGUUAGAUUAUGGAAUGUGCAACUCUCCAGUUAUUGGCCUAGAGCAGGGAAGCCCAACCUUGGUCUGGGAGAACCCCCUGUCCCGCACAUGUUAGUGCUUUACCUGCUCUAACCCACACUUCAGGUCAGUAAGGGGAUAUUAAUGAGCUGGUUUAUUGGGAGCAGGGAAAAUAUUACAAUGUGCAGUUGGGUUCUUCAGGACCAGAGUUGGGAAACACUGUCCUAGAGUACUACGCUCUAUUAAGUCCAUUAUUUCUUUCCUCAAAAUGAAUCCACAUGAACAUUGAAUUACCUUAAGUUGCCCCAGGUGUGCUAAUAAAGCAUUUUCAGUACGAGUAGUGUAGAAUAAGUGAUAUCCUACAAAAAAAAGUUUAUUUUGACUUUUCUCAGGGGAUGGAAAUGAAUAUGUAAUCUUGCAAAGUUUUAAAAAAAUAAAAUGUAUUUCUGAAUA